CGACGACCUCCACGGACGCCGGGCGUGUACGCAGGCUCGGUGGGCCCCCGGGAGCGGCCAGCGUUCCACGGAGAGAACUGCUGACGGGUCACAGGCUGUGGGCACGAUGAGACCCGGAGAGGAGCGGCCGGUGGAAGGGGGUGCCUGCGCCAGCGUCUCCGAUCUGGAGCUGCUGAAGCUGCGCGCAGCGGAGUGCAUCGACGCGGCGGCCGAGCGCCUGGGGGCCCUGAGCCGCUCCAUUUGGAGCGAGCCCGAGCUGGCCUACGAGGAGCAUCACGCCCACGGAGUGCUGACGCGCUUCUUCCAGAGCGAGACCCCGGCCGGGUCGUGGACCGUGCAGCCGCACUACCAGCUGGCCACGGCCUUCCGCGCCGAGUGGGGGUCGCCGAGGGGCUGGGCGGCGCCGCGCCCGCUGCACCUGGGCUUUCUAUGCGAGUACGACGCGUUGCCAGGCAUCGGGCACGCCUGCGGCCACAACCUGAUCGCCGAGGUCGGGGCGGCGGCCGCCCUGGGCGUGAAGGGGGCCCUGGAGAGCCUCGCCGGACUGCCUCUGCCGCUGAAGGUAAUUGUCCUGGGAACCCCUGCAGAGGAAGAUGGUGGUGGCAAAAUUGAUUUAAUUGAAGCCGGGGCUUUCAAAAAUCUUGAUGUUGUUUUUAUGGCCCAUCCAUCUCAAGAGAAUGCUGCUUAUCUACCUGAUGUUGCUGAACAUGAUGUGACUGUGAAGUACUAUGGUAAAGCGUCUCAUGCUGCUGCUUAUCCCUGGGAAGGGCUGAAUGCGUUAGAUGCUGCUGUCCUCGCUUACAACAAUCUGUCUGUGUUAAGACAGCAACUGAAACCAACCUGGAGAGUUCAUGGUAUAAUAAAAAAUGGUGGUGUAAAACCCAAUAUCAUUCCCUCUUAUUCUGAGUUAAUCUAUUACUUCCGUGCACCCUCAAUGAAAGAACUUCCAGUUUUGACCAAAAAGGCAGAAGAUUGCUUCAGAGCUGCAGCUUUGGCUACUGGGUGCACAGUGGAAAUUAACGGUGGAGCACAUGAUUAUUACAAUGUUCUUCCCAAUAAGAGUCUGUGGAAAACUUAUGUUGAAAAUGGAAAAAAGCUGGGAAUAGACUUCAUUUCAGAAGAUGCUAUGUUCAGUGGCCCUUCAGGAUCUACCGAUUUUGGAAAUGUUUCUUUUGUGGUUCCUGGGAUUCAUCCAUAUUUUUACAUUGGGUCUAAUGCCUUGAAUCAUACAGAACAAUAUACUGAAGCUGCAGGAUCACAAGAAGCUCAGUUCUACACUUUAAGAACAGCCAAAGCUCUGGCAAUGACUGCACUGGAUGUUAUUUUUAAACCAGAGUUGCUGGAAAGAAUCAGAGAGGACUUCAAAUUGAAACUUCAAGAAGAACAGUUUUAAAUACAGUGGAAUAAAAGGAGGGUUUAGGAGCUACUUACAGAUCAUUCAGAAGAAGUGGUGAUUUUUUUUUUCCUGUAAUCUUUUUUAAUGAGCGAGGAAGGCAUGGCUUGUUUUUCAGUCUUAAAGGAGUCAAAUUCCUCUUAACUGAAAAGUGAGGACACGAUGUGGAAAAAA